GGGAUCCAAUCCGGUUUGAGCUAGUUCUGGUCUGGUUGGACAUUUAUGUUAAGUUACAGACCCUCUGGAGGUGUAAAGGCUGAAGGUGCAGGGACUGACACACGUUACAUCCAGUUUCCAAGGCUGUGCAAAGCUUGCUGCUCUUCCGCUUUUGUCUCUGUCCUUCAAACUCGAGCAACAAUGGGCAAAAAGAAACAGUGUGACGCCAGUGCAGAUGUAGAGCCGGAGGUUCCCACGCGGGCAAGACGGUCUCCAAGGUUUUCCAAGUUAGACAAAGAGAUAAAACCCCUGCCAGAGAAGAUAAAGGCGCCUCCUAAGAAGAAAGCCAAACCGACGGAAAAGGCCAAGGCAGAGGAGAAGAAAGAAGAACCCGAGGCGGAGAAAGACGCUCCUGCAGCUGAGAAUGGAGACGAGAAAGCUGAGGAGGAGCCCGCAGCAGCAGAUGAGGUGAAGGAGGAGGAAGCCAACGACAAGGAAGAGGAAGAGGAGGCAAAGGAAGCAGAGUAGAAACGACCACCACUAGACUCACCCACCAAUGCUCCCUGUACCUCUUUUGUUGUAAAAUGCAGAGAAUAUUUUUAUCGACUAUUUUCUUAAGACAACAAUGUUUUUAGGGAUGUGAUUGCAUUUUUUUUUUUAAAUACUACAAAUUCCAUCAACGUUUGUGGCUUCUGUGAAGGGAAAGUUUCUUUCAUUGUUUUCUUGUGACCUUUUUGUCUUCAGGUUGUAGUUUGUUUGUGUUUUUCUUUUUCUGCAUGACAUGCAACUGUGCCUCAUGAGUGGGAGAGUUUAUUGGAGACAUUCCCGAGGCAUUGUGAGGGAUUUUUCUAUCUUGUACUGUUUAUGUAAAACACAUCAUCAAUACUGUGUCUGGUAGAUGAUGGGAGGACAUUAAAGUUGUGUUACACGCUAAGUCAAGCCUUCUCACAACGGUCUGUUUCAUCGUCCUGUCAGAUUUCGAUUUCAAGGUACAUCUGAUGACAGUGAAGAUGAUCCAUGUACUCAGCUAUGCUAUAAAAAAAGAAAUGCAAAGCUAGUCAUACCCAUCAUGGUUCAUUCUUUUGGAUAUCUGUAUGGUUUUGGGAUUUCUUGACCAAUGUACAGUUUCCUCUUUUUUUUUAUGAAAAAAAAAAACAAUAAAAUGUUAUGAAUGGUAUGAAAUGCCAA